UGAAGCACUGGCCCCACCCCCGCGCCUGCUACCUCGCGAGACUUCGCGAGCUCCUCCCUCUUUCCUUUCUGCCACCGCCAUGCCAUCCAGACUGAGGAAGACCCGGAAACUCCGGGGCCACGUGAGCCACGGCCACGGCCGCAUCGGUAAGCACCGCAAGCACCCAGGAGGCCGCGGGAAUGCUGGAGGCAUGCAUCACCACAGGAUCAACUUUGACAAAUAUCAUCCAGGUUACUUUGGGAAAGUUGGUAUGAGGCAUUACCAUUUGAAGAGGAACCAGAGCUUUUGCCCAACUGUCAACCUGGAUAAAUUGUGGACGUUGGUCAGCGAGCAGACACGGGUCAAUGCAGCAAAAAACAAGACUGGAGCUGCUCCCAUCAUUGAUGUUGUUCGAUCGGGCUACUACAAAGUUCUGGGCAAGGGAAAGCUCCCUAAACAACCUGUCAUCGUGAAGGCCAAAUUCUUCAGCAGAAGAGCUGAAGAGAAGAUUAAGGGUGUUGGGGGGGCCUGUGUUCUAGUGGCUUAAAAGCCACACCAGAGGUUAAUUAAAUGCUAACAUUUUCCGCGU